GCGUUCGGCGCGUUCGGCGCGGGCCCGGCGUACGGCGCCGCCCUGGACGAGCUCGAGCUGCUCGCGCAGAUCGCGGACGCGCCGGUCGACGACGGGAAGCUGACGUGCUUCACGUGCACCAACGGCACGGACAACGACCAGUGCAACAAGUACGCCGUCGACCGGCCGUGCGAACCUGGGCUGACCCUGUGUCGCACGGACCACGUGAUUGAGCGCUUCCCCGUGCCCGUGGCGGGGGUGGGGGCGGGGGCGGGCGGUGCGGCCGGCGCCCCCUCGCGGCCCCGCAGCGUCCGCAUCACCAAGUCCUGCGUGGCUGCCUCCGAGUGUUCCCGGGCCUCAGUCGGCUGCCGGGGCGUUGCUGGGGACUCGACGUACUUGCGAGUGUGUACCUCGUGUUGUGACUGGAGCUACUGCAAUGAGCUGGCCCCGGCGGACACUCUCACGGCGGUGCUGGCUCUGUCUCGGAACACUGCCGGUGUCAUACGACCUCUGCCAGCUCUGAGCACCGUGACUGUCUUUGUCUUGCUCUCGGUCAUUUCAGAUGUCUUCUAGUCAAUGAAGGCAAUGGGAAUGGGGCUAUUACCAAAGGAAAAAAAUACUAUGUAUUACCGACUGAAUGGACUUCUCAAGUAGAACGUAUUCAUUCAUGUAAAGUAAUUUAGAGGUCUGAUUGUGGCUCUGUGAUGUCUCAAGUCACCCUUAUAUAUACUGUAUAGUUUUUUGUCUAAGUUCUAGUACGAGUAAAAUUCAUGUACAAAAUGUAUAAAGAUAUUAAAAACUGUUGCAUUUGAGGUUUUUUUCUA